CACGUGACAGGACACGCUCCGGGACACGCGUGCCGAGGCGCGUCAAGUGUAACCUUUUUCGCUCGUGGACGCGCCGGUCGACCGCAGGGAAAAUGUCGUGGCUAUUCGGCUAUCGCAAUUCGCAGCCGCAGGACUUCACACAAUUCGUGCAGCCGCCACCACCGGCGGGCGACGGCGGAGGCGGCAGCGUCGGCGGCGGCGGCGGCGGCUCGCCGCCGAAGAUCGGUUCCCAAAUGGAGGCGUAUAGAUUCGACUCGAGCGCGCUGGAACGGGCCGCCACGGCCGCCAAGGAACUCGAACGAUCCAAACAUGCGAGAGAAGCCUUGGAUCUGUCCAAGAUGCAGGAAACGACGAAGCAGGUGGAGCACCACGCCGAGAUAAAGAAAUACGAAGCCAGCAUUGAACAGCUGAGAGCGGAGCAGAAACGAGUGGAGGGCGAGGAAAGGAGGAAAACCAUGCAGGAGGAGACGAAGCAGCAUCAAAUGAGGGCGCAGUAUCAAGACCAAUUGGCUAGAAAGCGCUACGAGGACCAACUGUUCCAGCAGCAGAAGAUGAACGACGAGAAUCUGAGGCGGCAAGAGGAGUCGGUGGCCAAGCAGGAGGCCAUGAGGAAAUCCACGAUAGAGCACGAGAUGGAGCUGAGGCACAAGAACGAGAUGAGGAAGCUGGAGGCGGAGCUGAAGGCCAAAGCGAAGAUCGACAGAGAAAACCAGGAUCUCAAUCUGGAACAGAUUAGAUUGAAGGCCUCGGAAAAGAGGAUUACCGUUUUAGAGUCGAUAAAAACAGCUGGCUCGGUGUUGGGCUCGGGUGCCAAAGCGUUACUUGAAGAUUGGGACAAGAUCCUCGCGGCGGCGGGCGGUCUGUCCCUCGUAGCAUUUGGAAUUUACACUGCCAAGGGCUCGACCAGCGUGGCGACGCGCUACAUCGAGUCUCGCUUAGGUAAACCGUCGUUGGUGCGCGAGACCUCGCGAUUUACGUUCCUCGAUACCAUCCGACACCCCGUUCAAGCGGCUAAGAAGCUGAAGAGCAAGCAGACCGACGCGCUGUCCGGCGUGAUCCUGGCGCCGAAGCUCGAGGAGAGACUGCGCGACAUCGCGAUAGCCACCAAGAACACCAAGUACAAUCGCGGCAUGUACAGGAACAUACUGAUGCACGGUCCGCCCGGUACCGGCAAGACCAUGUUCGCCAAGAAGCUGGCGGAGCACUCGGCCAUGGACUACGCGAUCGUGACGGGCGGCGAUCUGGCGCCGCUGGGCAGAGACGGCGUCACCGCCAUUCACAAAGUUUUCGACUGGGCAUUGACGUCCCGUAAGGGGCUGCUAUUGUUCAUCGACGAGGCGGACGCGUUCCUGAGAAAACGCUCGAGCGAGCACAUCUCGGAGGAUCUCCGCGCGAUGCUCAACGCAUUUCUGUACAGAACGGGCGAGCAGAGCAACAAGUUCAUGCUGGUGCUCGCGUCAAACACGCCGGAGCAAUUCGACUGGGCGGUGAACGACCGCCUGGACGAAAUGGUGGAGUUCCGUCUUCCGGGCCGCGAGGAGCGCGAGCGUUUGGUCCGCCUCUACUUUGACAAAUUCGUUCUCCAACCGGCGAUCGAGGGUAACAAGAGAUUGAAGAUCGCGCAGUUUGACUACAGUUCCCUCUGCAGCAAGAUGGCCGAUCUGACGGAGGGAAUGUCCGGACGAGAGCUGGCGAAACUCGGAGUCACCUGGCAAGCGGCGGCCUACGCCUCGGAGGACGGCGUGUUAACGGAAAAAAUGGUUAUGGACAGGUGUCUCGAGGCAAUCAAGCAGCACAAGCAGAAGGUACAAUGGCAGAGCGAACAGGAGAAGCAGGAGUCCAAGUCGAUAUACGCCACGGAAGACGACGCGGACGUUCGUUCCAAGACUCCGGCGAUAGAGCCGUGUCCCGGGAACACGAUAGCACCAGCCUAGAUAAUUGCAAAUAACAAGAUAUGAUUCUACAAUAAAGCGCAAUUGUUGAUCAUUUUUUAACAGGCUAGCGUGGCGAAGCUAGCGCUAGGGAUGGGGAACAGUAUAAAAGUGCCGCUCGGAAGAGGAUUAGUUGAGCGAUUUUUUCUAUUUAUCAUAAUGCGCCGCGGGUUCGACGAGUCGCAGAUGUCACUUGUUACAAAUGUACAUUUACAUAGGAUAAUUAAAUCGUAAUUCUACCAUGGCGUUUCAUCAUCCUCUGUAACUCACUUGUCUCCCUCGUGACAUGGAAGUACAGCGUUAUCGAUCGUAAAUUAUGUGCGGAUAAUUUUUUUCUUUUAAGUGACGAGACGAAGUCGUUAAUUUUUAUUGUGAUGGAAAUCGCAUCGAGACGGCCAGACGAGCCACCUUUGAGCUCGCCGAAAACUUCGAGUUUUGAAACUUCAUUUAAUUAAUUCUUAUCGUGAAGUCUGCAGUGUGUAAUUUAGAUAAUUCAAAAAUGCAACGAGCGACGUUAACGGUAUUUUAUACGUGGUGAGAAAGACUGCUAUUCGAGCGUCUCUUCCAAAGCUAUCGGCUGAUCUUUUUUUCCUAGAAAAGAGAUACGGCGCAGAAUACAGGAUAUGUUGCAAGAGUGCAUGGCCGAUGUCGCUAUCGAUUAUCCUCGCGUUCUCGUGUCAAGUCGCGAAAAAUGAAGCGCAGAUCUCUACGAGUUUGCAGAAGGAGCCACAGUACGCAAAUCCUGCCGAUCCUAUCUGUACGCCUCGUUUGUCGGAGGAAAAUAUCGCGGGAAUAUUUGGACGAGUUUGUAGAAGACGGCGUAUCGUUAAAAAUCUAUCUGGUCCCCUCGUAAAUCGACGCGGCGAGAGUUUAUUAUUAUCGGCGCUCCGUGGCUUAUCGCGGCCGGCGCCGUUACGACACUCUAUUGAUUCUCUGUCCAUUAUUGAAUCCGUCACCGUCCGGCAAUCGGAUAUCGUAAUGAUCGUUAAUUAUUUUAUUCCCAGUGAGAAAUAAUUCGUCGAAACGACGUCAUUUCUUGCUGCGUUGUACAGCUGAAUCUUGUUGCGCUGUAAAAAAAUUACAUGUAAAAUUACAAUUAUUGUAGUGGGUAACAUUGGGACCAUCUGACAUUUACAUAGGUACGUCAGUAAAUCUAUACCUUGUAGAUACAAUUAUUACUUUACAUAAUAAGUAAGCUGCUUGCUUUUGUGUAGAUAUUACAAUUUUUUGUAAUUUUUUAUCACGUAUAAAUAUUCACACAACGAA